AUGUUGAACAUGUGGAAGGUGCGGGAGCUGGUGGACAAAGCCACCAAUGUGGUUAUGAAUUAUUCAGAGAUCGAGUCUAAGGUUCGAGAAGCAACGAAUGACGAUCCUUGGGGACCUUCUGGGCAACUCAUGGGAGAGAUUGCCAAGGCUACCUUUAUGUAUGAACAAUUUCCAGAACUUAUGAACAUGCUUUGGUCACGAAUGUUAAAAGACAACAAAAAAAAUUGGAGAAGAGUUUAUAAGUCAUUGCUGCUCCUAGCUUACCUCAUAAGGAAUGGAUCAGAGCGUGUUGUUACAAGUGCCAGAGAACACAUUUAUGAUUUGCGAUCCCUGGAAAAUUACCACUUUGUAGAUGAGCAUGGCAAGGAUCAAGGUAUAAAUAUUCGCCAGAAGGUGAAAGAAUUGGUUGAAUUUGCCCAGGAUGAUGACAGGCUUCGUGAAGAGCGAAAGAAAGCCAAGAAGAACAAAGACAAAUAUGUUGGGGUUUCCUCAGACAGUGUUGGAGGAUUCAGAUACAGUGAAAGAUACGAUCCUGAGCCCAAAUCAAAAUGGGACGAGGAGUGGGAUAAAAACAAGAGUGCUUUUCCAUUCAGUGAUAAAUUAGGUGAACUGAGUGAUAAAAUUGGAAGCACAAUUGAUGACACCAUCAGCAAGUUCCGGAGGAAAGAUAGAGAAGACUCUCCAGAAAGAUGCAGUGACAGUGAUGAGGAAAAGAAAGCAAGAAGAGGCAGAUCUCCCAAAGGUGAAUUCAAAGAUGAAGAGGAGACUGUGACGACAAAGCAUAUCCAUAUCACACAGGCCACCGAGACCACCACCACAAGACACAAGCGCACAGCAAACCCUUCCAAGACCAUUGAUCUCGGCGCAGCAGCGCAUUACACAGGGGACAAAGCAAGUCCAGAUCAGAAUGCUUCAGCUCACACACCUCAGUCUUCACUUAAGACUUCAGUGCCUAGCAGCAAGUCAUCUGGUGACCUUGUCGAUCUGUUUGAUGGCACCAGCCAAUCAACAGGAGGCUCAGCUGAUUUAUUUGGAGGAUUUGCUGACUUUGGCUCAGCUGCUGCUUCAGGCAACUUCCCUUCCCAAGUAACAGCAACAAGUGGGAAUGGAGACUUUGGUGACUGGAGUGCCUUCAACCAAGCCCCGUCAGUCCCUGUUGCUGCCAGUGGCGAGCUCUUCGGCAGUGCCUCACAGCCAGCUGUAGAGCUUGUCAGUAGCUCACAACCAGCUUUAGGCCCACCUCCAGCUGCCUCAAAUUCUUCAGACCUGUUUGAUCUUAUGGGCUCAUCGCAGGCAACCAUGACAUCUUCCCAGAGCAUGAAUUUCUCCAUGAUGAGCACCAACACUGUAGGGCUGGGUUUGCCCAUGUCAAGAUCACAGCCUUUGCAAAAUGUUAGCACAGUGCUGCAGAAGCCUAAUCCUCUCUAUAAUCAGAAUACAGAUAUGGUCCAGAAGUCAGUCAGCAAAACCCUGCCCUCUACUUGGUCUGACCCCAGUGUAAACAUCAGCCUGGACAACUUACUACCUGGUAUGCAGCCUUCCAAACCCCAGCAGCCAUCACUCAAUACCAUGAUUCAACAACAGAAUAUGCAACAGCCUAUGAAUAUGAUGACCCAAAGUUUCGGAGCUGUAAACCUCAGUUCUCCAUCGAACAUGCUUCCUGUCCGGCCUCAAACUAAUCCUUUGAUGGGGGGACCCAUGCCUAUGAGCAUGCCCAAUGUGAUGACUGGCACCAUGGGAAUGGCCCCUCUUGGAAAUAGUCCAGUGAUGAACCAGAGCAUGAUGGGCAUGAAUAUGAACAUAGGGAUGUCAACUACAGGGAUGGGCCUGACAGGCACAAUGGGAAUGGGCAUGCCCAACUUAGCCAUGACUUCUGGAACUGUGCAACCCAAGCAAGAUGCCUUUGCAAAUUUCGCCAACUUUAGCAAAUAA